AUGGCGGAGGCUGCGGCUUGUCCUGCUUUCCGGCUCGGGGGCUCGCGAUACGACCAGGGUUCCUUUCUUGGCCGUCUGAGACAUUUUGUGGACGUUAUCGACCCAAGCACACUUUUUGUAUCUGAGAAACAACUUAAAGACAGCAUCAAACUCUUGGAUGACUUUAAAUGUGGAACACUUCCACCAGGAAUUUCUAAUCUUCAGUUGUGGGAAGCCCAAAAGAUCAAACAGGCCAUCAUUCAUCCCGACACAGGCGACAAGAUCUUCAUGCCGUUCCGAAUGUCAGGUUACGUCCCGUUCGGAACGCCCAUUGUCAUUGGCCUUCUUCUUCCCAAUCAGACAGUGGUGUCCACCAUUAUAUGGCAGUGGCUGAAUCAGAGUCACAAUGCUUGUGUCAACUAUGCCAACCGCAAUGCCACAAAGCCAACGCCAACAUCAAGAUUUCUGCAAGGCUAUUUUGGCGCUGUGACCAGUGCUGUUUCCAUUGCUGUGGGACUAAAUGUGCUUAUUCAGAAGGCCAAUAAGCUGAGUCCUGCCACCAGAAUGAUAAUACAGAGAUUUGUCCCGUUUCCAGCAGUUGCCAGUGCAAACAUUUGCAACGUAGCUUUAAUGAGACAUAACGAGCUGUCCGAAGGCAUCGACGUGCUGGACCCUGAUGGCAACGUGGUGGGCUCCUCCAAAAUCGCUGCCACACACGCCAUUGCAGAAACGGCGUUCACACGUGUGGUCCUCCCCAUGCCCAUCUUUGUGCUACCCCCCAUCAUCAUGUCGUACCUGGAGAGGUUGCGUUUCCUGCAGAAGAACCGCAAACUGAUGCUGCCCAUCCACAGUGCUGUGUGUCUGCUUACAUUCGGCCUGUCGCUGCCUGUGGCCAUCAGCCUAUUUCCGCAGAUGUCAGAGAUUGAGGUGUCUCGCCUGGAGCCCGAAAUUGCCAUGGCAACAGAUUGCAAGGUGGUGACCUACAACAAGGGUUUAUGA